CAAUAUUAAUUACCUUCUGGUAAUAAUUUUAUUGAAUUAAUGUUUGUGUACAUUAACCAACCAAACAAACAAAAAAAAACCCAGUGCCAUUGAGUCAAUUCCGACUUAUAGCGACCCUAUAGGACAGAAUAGAACUGCCGCAUAGAGUUUCCAAGGAGCGCCUGGCAAAUUCGAACUGACGAACCUUUGGUUAGCAGCCGUAGCACUUAACCACUACGCCACCAAAGUUUCCAUGCACAUUAACAGGAAUGGCCAUAAUAUUGGCAUAUAAAUGUAUAUAAUGAUUAUAAGGUACAUAAAAGGUCAAGCUUUCACAACCUAAUCCUAUACAAGCUCGUGGUUGUGAGGAUAUUUUUAACAUGUUCUAGGCUUUCGCAUUGAUAGUUGAGAGGCAAGCAACUUGACUGUAUCAUUGGACAAAAUCUUCUUUCUCUAAAAUUACUUAUUCCGUGAAGACAAACAUUUGAAAUAAAAUGAUCUAUGUGAAAUAUUAUUAUCAACAGUAACCAAAAGUCUCUGUUUGAGGUAGGAGUUGAGUUAAAUUUGCUUCACAAUUUUCGAAGUGUGAUAAUUUCCUGUUAAAAUCUUAAGUGAAACUUUGCUCAGCAUGCGGUUUGUUUUUUUUUUCCUUCUAUUUUCAGAUUCCUUUACAUAGUUACAUACUCAAAAGCAGUCUGAAAGAAGCAGAUUUUUAAAAUGCCUCUUUAGGAUAACUAAAGGAUAAUUUGAAUUCAUUAUCUUAGUAUCUUUUGAUAUCCCAGUUAUCACUGACUUUUGGUCAUCACAGAUAUACGGCCUUCCCCUUAGAAGCACCACAUGGCCAUCAGGCUACCAUCAGAUUCUCCGUUGCCUCCAUGGAGACUCACUGCUGAGAUCCUGGGAAUUAUCUUUCUUAAAUUAGUGUUCAUAGUGAUUAUCGUAACAGUUCUCAAUUUUCCUGCCUUUCUAGCUAUUGGAAUGCUGGAAGUGAACGGAACCCAGAAAGCAUCUCAUUGUGGCCGUUGUCCAGAGGACUGGUUAUCCUAUUCCAACAAUUGCUAUUAUAUUAGCGGUGAUAAAAAAAACUGGACUGAGAGUCAGAUGGCCUGUGUUUCUAAAAAAUCUAAUCUGAUUUAUAUAGAUAAUGAAGAGGAAAUGAAGUUUAUGAAUUUUCUACCUUCUUCUUCAUGGAUUGGACUCUCUCGUGAAAGCCGUAAUUAUCCCUGGUUUUGGAUAAAUGGCUCACCUUCCAACCAAAACAUAACAGAGGCAUCUGGUCCUGCUUACAACUGUGGUAUGCUAUUCUCAUUUGGCCUUCAAUCAGCCAGUUGUGGAGCUGCAAAAGUAUACAUUUGUAAGCUUGAGAUUUCGAGUUUAAACACCUGAGCCUGGAGUCCUUCAGGUAUCUUUACAUUUCAUGGAAUGGAAAUAAUCACGAUUGCAAAAGUCUUAUAUUCAAGUACAUCAACUGCAAACUCCACAUUUGGACCCCCCCUGGACUUUACCCUAUGUCCUCCUUCUGUUGGCUGAUUUUCACAAGUACCCUUUUCUGUAAUAAAAUAUAUCUGUGAGUAUAACAAUUUUCUUGUG